CUCACGGAGGGCGGGGCGGGGCGGGGCGCCGCCCCCCCGGUGCUGACAGGCAGCGGCCUCAUCCAAUGGGGCGGCGGCGGCGCCUCUCGGGAAGGGCGGCGGAGCCAAUCGCAGGUGGUGUGCGCGUCGGCGGCCGCGGUUGCUGUCUUUUCUCUCUCGUGCGCGGAGUGGCCGGCGGCACGCGCAGGCUCUUGAAGCAAUAGGCUGUUGGAUUUUGAUCCCGCCCAGAAUACCUGAGUUUUUCUCUGCAAGGAUAUAUAAUAGCGGUUUUGCUUGCCCACAUAAGAAAAAAAGGCAAUGGAGACUGAACAACAGGAAGAGACCUUUACCAACACGGAGACAAAUGACCUCUCUACAGGCAAACGUCCUGCAGAAGAUAUGGAGGAAGAGCAGGCCUUCAAAAGAUCUCGAAACACAGAUGAAAUGGUGGAACUGCGCAUCUUGCUGCAGAGCAAAAAUGCUGGAGCUGUGAUUGGAAAAGGUGGCAAAAAUAUUAAAGCACUUCGUACAGAUUACAAUGCCAGUGUUUCAGUCCCAGACAGCAGUGGCCCCGAGCGCAUUUUGAGUAUAAGUGCAGAUAUAGAGACAAUUGGAGAAAUCUUGAAGAAGAUUAUCCCUACUUUAGAAGAGUAUCAACACUACAAAGGCAGCGACUUUGACUGUGAAUUAAGACUUCUCAUUCACCAGAGUUUGGCAGGAGGAAUUAUUGGUGUCAAGGGUGCUAAAAUUAAAGAACUCAGAGAGAACACUCAGACCACCAUUAAGCUCUUUCAAGAAUGUUGUCCUCAUUCUACUGACAGAGUGGUGCUUAUUGGUGGAAAACCUGAUAGGGUUGUUGAGUGCAUCAAGAUUAUCUUGGAUCUUAUCUCUGAGUCUCCAAUUAAAGGACGGGCCCAGCCUUAUGAUCCCAAUUUCUAUGAUGAAACAUAUGACUACGGUGGCUUCACCAUGAUGUUUGAUGAUAGAAGGGGACGUCCAGUGGGCUUUCCGAUGCGUGGGAGGGGAGGCUUUGAUCGAAUGCCCCCUGGUCGUGGUGGACGACCUAUGCCUCCCUCGAGAAGAGAUUAUGAUGAUAUGAGCCCUCGCAGAGGACCUCCACCACCUCCACCAGGUCGUGGUGGUAGAGGUGGCAGCAGAGCUCGUAAUCUUCCUCUUCCUCCUCCACCACCUCCUCGUGGCGGAGAUCUGAUGUCCUAUGACCGAAGGGGCAGACCAGGAGAUCGUUACGAUGGCAUGAUGAUGCAGUGUCAUGUGGAUGCUUGUGAUGACAUGCAGCCACCAGAGUUGUUUGAGGGUGGCUCUGGUUAUGAUUAUUCUUAUGCAGGGGGGCGCGGUUCAUAUGGAGAUCUUGGUGGACCCAUCAUCACAACACAAGUAACAAUUCCCAAAGAUUUGGCAGGAUCUAUUAUUGGAAAGGGAGGCCAGAGAAUCAAACAAAUACGUCAUGAGUCAGGAGCUUCAAUCAAAAUUGAUGAACCAUUAGAAGGCUCAGAAGAUCGGAUAAUAACAAUCACAGGAACACAGGACCAGAUACAAAAUGCACAAUAUUUGCUGCAGAACAGUGUGAAGCAGUAUGCAGAUGUUGAAGGAUUCUAAUGCAAGAUUAUUUUUUCUUUUUUAUAGUGUGAAGCAGUAUUCUGGAAAGUUUUUCUAAGACUAGUGAAGAACUGAAGGAGUCCUGCACCCCUAUUUUUUUUUUUUUAAUCUGCUUCUGUUUAAAAAGCCAACAUUCCUCUGCUUCAUAGGUGUUCUGCAUUUGAGGUGUAGUGGAAUCUUUACUGUCCACCAGAUGUAAUGUUUUAGUUCCUUACAAAUACAUGGGGGGAGGGAGCACGAGACUAACACUGAAAUUUUGAAGCAGCAGAGAGAUUGAAUUCUAUUUUUGUUCAUCGUUGGUGGUAAAUUGUAAUGUUUUUCUGUAAUUGUUGUGUACACCCUGCUUUUAUGUACACGGUGUCUUAUUUUAAAGGGGGAUGAAUUCUGGUAGGCCUCAUGUCCCUGGUAUCUGUUGAGAGCAGUAUGCAGAAUGUAAUGCUUUUUUGUAAGAAACAUUUUAGGAUUUUUAAAUAAAUUUAGUGAACCUAUUCUUGGUGGUCAUUUUUUUUCAGGUCUACAUAAGAUAAUAACUAAAAUGAAUACACCUAGUUUGGUUGGGUUUUUUUCCCCAUAUGAAUUAAAGUUGCUGUUAAGCUUGCUCUUCAGCUUCCUUGAUAUAGAUGGAGUUAUGUGGGGGUUUUUGACAAAUUAAAGAAAUUGUGUGAAAACAAUGACUGCUUUGCUGUUUGGGGGAAAAAAAAAGUUAAAAUAUACACAAAAAAUGUGUAAAACUUGACAUUUUUGCAAGUGUUUGGCCCUCUUUGCAGUACAUAUAUAUAUUGGUGACAGUAUAUAAAUAAAAUAUUUAAAAACUUUGUGAUGUCACUGAGUAAACAGUGGUAAAGUACACCUGGUUAUAGACAGCUUGCUUAAUGCAGAUAACACUGUUAGAAAUGACAGUUGCUCUACCAUUUCUGAAUAAAUUAUAGCUGUUUCCUGAGCUUUUUUUUGUAUGAGGUAGAAAUUGCAAAUUGGCAAAUUGACAGUAUCUAACUCUGUAACUUGUAAUUGUAUGCAAAACUUAAACUUGUUUGGUUUCCCAGCUGUAUGUUGAAUUCCAUAAGAAUUAUUUGUGAGAAAUUAAAAAAAAACAUAUAAAGCCUCUAGAUAUCUCAUGUAAUACCUUGGCAUUUGUAUUUAUAGUUAAAAGUUUUAAUUUCACUUCCUGAAUAAAAACAAAUUAAAAAACGUA